AUGGGUCAGAUUGGUGAGGCUUCUCAGCCAGACGAGCUGACCAUUGAGGAGCAGGAAAUCUUGGAGGUCAUCGAUGAUGGCGACAUGGAGGACUGGGUCAAGGACCCUGUCAUCAAGAUACCAUUCAGCAAUGUGUACCAGCAUGUGUGCACAUACCGGGACCUGUACUAUAAAACAUUUGAGCUUCCCGCCUGCCCACCUGGUGUAGACCCGAUCGUCACCUACCCUGUGGCUUUGAGUUGCCACUGCGGUCGCUGUGCCAUGGACACAUCUGACUGCACCUUUGAGAGCCUGCAACCUGACUUCUGCAUGAAUGACAUCCCUUUCUACUACUAAAAGAAGCUCAAUCAUAUUUAAACACAUUAUACAGAGUAUACGGAAGCUGCCCUGUUG